CCCCCUGCAUCUAGAGCAGCCCGACCGGCAGCGUAACCGGGUGGCGCGCGAACGUGAGAGGAAAGCCGUGCGCAGCUGCGCUUUCCCGCCCCUGAGCCGUUCUAGACGCCGGAAAAAUGCUUUCUGAAAGCAGUUCAUUUUUGAAGGGUAUGAUGCUUGGAAGCAUUUUCUGUGCCUUGAUCACUAUGCUAGGACACAUUAGGAUUGGUCAUGGAGAUAGAAGGCACCAGCAUAAGCAUCAUCACCUACAAGCGCCUAAUAAAGAAGAUAUCUUGAAAAUUUCAGAGGAUGAACGCAUGGAGCUCAGUAAGAGCUUUCGGGUAUACUGUAUCAUCCUUGUAAAACCCAAAGAUGUGAGUCUUUGGGCUGCAGUGAGAGAGACUUGGACCAAACACUGUGACAAAGCCGAGUUCUUCAGUUCUGAAAAUGUUAAAGUGUUUGAGUCAAUUAACAUGGAAACAGAUGACAUGUGGCUAAUGAUGAGAAAGGCUUACAAAUAUGCCUUUGAUAAAUACAGAGACCAAUACAACUGGUUCUUUCUUGCACGCCCCACUAUGUUUGCUAUUAUGGAAAACUUAAAAUAUUUUUUGUUAAAAAAGGAUCCAUCACAACCUUUCUAUCUAGGUCACACUAUAAAAUCUGGAGACCUUGAAUAUGUGAGUGUUGAAGGAGGCAUCGUCUUAAGUAUAGAAUCAAUGAAAAGGCUUAACAGCCUCCUCGGUAUCCCUGAAAAGUGUCCUGAACAGGGAGGGAUGAUUUGGAAGAUAUCAGAAGAUAAGCAGCUAGCAGUCUGCCUGAAAUAUGCUGGAGUGUUUGCAGAAAAUGCAGAAGAUUCGGAAGGAAAGGAUGUAUUUAACACCAAAUCCGUUGGGCUUUUUAUUAAAGAGGCAAUGUCUAAUCACCCCAACCUUGUUGUAGAAGGAUGCUGUUCAGAUAUGGCUGUUACUUUUAAUGGACUGACACCUAAUCAGAUGCAUGUGAUGAUGUAUGGGGUGUACCGUCUUAGGGCAUUUGGGCAUAUUUUCCACGAUGCGUUGGUUUUCUUACCUCCAAAUGGUUCUGACAAUGACUGAGAAGUGAAAGAAGAGCAUGUAUAUGAUCACCGUAUAGGACAUGUAUUGUCACUAUUUGUAGUUACAACUACAUAUCCAACAUACAGUAUGUUUCUUUUUUUUUAGUUUGGUGACACUGGUUUAAUUGAACAUUGAAGUUUAGUGGUGCAUUUUUGAAGAGGGUGGGGGUUUUUUUUCCUUAAAACACAUGAAAAUUUCAAACAUAUUGGAAAAAAAUGUUUUAAGGCUAAUUUUGCAAAUAAAAGGUAUAUUUAUAAAUAUAUUUAUGUGACAAAUCCUAAAUUAUGAAUCUGUGGCACAUAUUUUUGCUGAUUGGUUAAAAAAUUUAACAUGUCUUUUUAGCUAAGAUAUGCAAAUACAGUCUCUAGUUGUGAAUUUGUGAUUACAGUAAAACUUUGAGCUAUGUGUUUCCAUUACUUGUAAUGCUGGUCCAUGUUCUAAGCCUCUGCAAGUGCUCAUGGAUUUGCUUUCUCGAAAUACACAACCAAGCAACAAAGGAAAUUUGUUCCCAAAACUAAUGUUGACGUGAAAGUUGAAUUCUGUCCCUGAGAGAAAAAGUGAAAAUUACUUAUAAAGGUUAAUCAUUUUCCCAGGAGCUAAUUUAGUGGCAUUCCUCAGCAUAUACAAGUUGUCUGAUACUCUACUUCUCUGUGUGGACACUGAAAUUGAAGUGGUCACUAUGAAGAAUCUAUAUCCAUUGAAAUUUCUUUACUUUGCUGGGCAAAUGAGUUCUGUGGAAGUCUCCUUUCAAGAACUUGUUUUAAUGGUCUGGAAGUUUGACUUACCUGAGUGGUGUCUGAUCUUUGUUCACCUGUUCAAAUUCUGAGAUUUUCCCCAUAUUCAUAGUUGCAAUCAUAUCCAGUGGUUUCAGGUGCGGAGGCCCCAACCUCACCAUUCAUCUUGGACCAUACCCUUUGCCUAAUUACAGUGGCUACCCA